GUCCGUCUUCAGGUGGAAUCACUUCUCAACACAGAAUGGGAUGUGGUUUUUGCGGAUGAAGAUUUCACAAUGGGAGGUUAUGGUGUAACAAUGAAAAAUGCCAAGGUAUAUCAUAAGCCAUACAUCAUGUUCAGCACAACUCAUCUACUGCAGCCGUUAGCAUGGGAAUUGGCACUUGGCAGAAGCUUCAUAACUCGACCACCUCCAUGGAUGCCGGAUAUGGAUGAUAUGCAUUUCGACGUCACUGAUUAUCGCCAACGUUGGCAUGUUCUCUAUGCGAAGAUUUUAGCAUGGCUNUCGUUGAAAUUUCGCGUCGAAUUCGCUAAAAACAAGGGACUCGCCAUGGUUGGUAUUGAACACUUUACAUUCGCGGACUUGUGGGGCAAUGCUGCAUUCAAUUUCCAAGAAGAAAUUGACUAUAUGGCUUUUCCACUUCCAGGUUUGCUGCUUGAUCGUGAGCCAUUAUACUGGCUGCACAAUGAGAAUUUAGUUCUUAAUAAGUUUGCACAAACUGUUGGGGCUGUCACCUUGAAGAAGUGA